CAGGCACCCCAGGACUCCACCCCAAUCCUCUUCCUCCUCUGCCGGCUGCCAGCCCAGCUAAUUCUUCCCUGCUGGCUGGCUGCCCGGAACAACUAGGACUGAGCCAGACGCCCUUGGCCAUGGGUUUAGCAGCUGGGGGGGGCGGCCGGGCCGGGGGGCGCCUAGGCCCGAGGGCAUCCUGGACACUCGCCCUCUUCGUGGGGCUGCUGCUGUUGCAGCUGCAGGUGGGGAGCCGGGCCAGAGCCGCCAGCCUCCUCACGGGGCUGCUCCCUCCUCGCUUUAACGUGAGCCUAGACGAGGCGGCCACGCAGCGCUGGCUGCCCGUGCUGCGGCACUUCGACCCCGGCUUCCUGCGGGAGGCCUUGGCCACCGUCAUCGGGGAGGCUGUUCCCAGCUGGGUUCAUGCUGUGAUCCAACCGGUGGCAGAUGAAAUGGAGAAAUUCCUGCCUCAGCCCUUUGAAGGCGAGAUUCGGGGGAUGUGUGACAGCUUGAGUCUAGAUGUUGGGAACUGUAUCCUCAUCAAUCUUGCCUAUGAGUUCAGUGCAUUCUGCACCAGCAUCAUUGCCCAAGAUGCCAAUGGCAACAUUUACCAUGGCCGGAACUUGGAUUAUGCCUUUGGAAAUCUUCUGAAAAAGCUGACAGUAGAUAUUCAGUACAUAAAGAAUGGGCAGAUCGCCUACACAGGAACUACCUUCGUGGGAUACGUCGGUUUAUGGACCGGCCAAAGUCCGCACAAGUUUACUGUUUCUGGUGAUGAACGAGAUAAAGGUUUUUGGUGGGAGAAUGCUGUGGCAGGUCUUCUCAGAAAACACCAUCCUGUGAGCUGGCUUGUCAGGAAUACUCUGGAAGAAGCUGAGGAUUUUGAAGCUGCUGUGAUCAAACUGGCCAAAAUGCCCAUUAUUGCAGAUGUUUACUAUAUUGUUGGAGGCACAUCACCCAAGGAGGGAGUUGUAAUCACGAGAAAUAGAGGUGGUCCUGCAGACAUCUGGCCUCUUGAUCCCACAAAUGGACAGUGGUUCCGAGUUGAGACAAAUUAUGAUCACUGGAAACCACCUCCCAUAUGGGAUGACCGAAGAACACCUGCCAUCAAGGCCCUUAAUUCAACUGGACAAGAAAAUAUCAACUUGGAUACACUUUUUAAGGUUUUGUCAGUGUUUCCAGUUUUGAACAAUCUCACAAUUUACACCACAGUAAUGAGUGCAGCAAAGCCAGACAAGUACAUGACUCAGAUCAGAAACUGAGGGAGAAAGAUGUGAAAAGAAAAAAUUGAAUUCUCCAGGAGCUGCAAUUAAAAAAUAAAACCAGCCAAAUGCAUUGUAAUCCUUUGUGAAAGGCAUCCACUUUAAACUGCUCUAUCAUAUCCGCAUGGGACCCUUUGGAACCAGUUUUAGCAAAGAAUGAUGGCGGCAGCUGCUCAACGGCAUUGGAUUUUUUAAUCAUUCACCAAUGAUAUUCAGAAUUUCCCUAUUUUUAUUUAUUUCAUUUUGAAGAUCCUAAAAAGAGAAGAAGUGGAUGCUGUGGGUCUUACUCCUAGUCAAUCUCAGAAUUCAUGCUAUCUCCGUGUCACAGGCUAUCCACCAAGAAAGUGAACUGGGGAAGACGCAUGAGCCAUUGUAAAGUGAAAGCAUUGAUGCCUUCCAUUUUGGAUAAUGAAAGUGUGAUGAUCUUUUAUUAUAUUUUUCUAUGCAAUUGAUAUUUUUGAUCUUUUAUGAAUUUUCUGUUUAAAUUUUCUGUUUCACUUGAGUCAGUUUAAAAAAAAAUAGCCCAUUUUCUUACUGCUCCUAAAUAGUGAUCUGUCAUCCCAGCUAUUGCUAUGAUUAUGUCGCUUGCUGGGCUGGGCAACAUAGUGUUAGGGAUACUGAUAUGUCAUUCCGAACAGCUAAAUAAAAGUUUUAUAGAAAUACUGUA